AUGCCCAUACAUUUCGAUUCAGAUGACUCGGAUGUCGAAAAGAUUGUCAAUUACAAGUUCCCAUCAAAUCCCGAUAGCUUGAAGAGCCAGCCAACUUCCAAAGCGCUUGGGCGAUCGUUGCCCCCACCAGGAGAUUUCAGACCCAAGUGGUGGUUGGAUUAUACCAUUACCUCUCAAUGGGACGAGAGGAAACCUUUCGUCCCUUGUAAUCAUGAAGGCACUUGUGCAGAAGCCAGGUGUCGCUGCUUCAUGGAGAACGUCACCUGCGAGAAGACGUGCAGAUGCCCUCCGAGCUGCAAUCGGCGUUUUCCGGGCUGUACAUGCGCUGCUAUUCCCGGGAAGCGUACUUGCGCGCUUAUCAAAGACUGCCUAUGCGUCAAAUUUAAGAGAGAGUGCGAUGCCGAUCUUUGCGGAACUUGCGGCGCCACCGAGAUUCUUGAUCCUGUCAACCGCUACAACGACGAGCUCCUGCACCAUAGUUGCGCGAAUGUUGCAAUUCAGAGAGGUGUGCCCAAGAAGACGUUGCUCGGCAAGUCAGAGGUGCAUGGCUUUGGUCUAUAUGCUGGCGAAGACAUAGAUGCGCAUGAACUGAUUGGCGAAUAUGCUGGAGAAACGCUUUCCAUUGGAGAAAUGCAACGGCGAGAAAUCAUCUACACCUACGAAAAGAACAUGUACCUCUUCAAGCUCAACAAAGAACAAGAUGUUGAUGCGACACACAUGGGAAACAAGCUGCGGUUUAUCAAUAACGCGAACGCAACACAUUCCAAUUGCGCCUCCAAGGUCGUGUUCUGUAACACCGUCUUCCGCGUAGCACUGUACGCACUCACGAGCAUCAAGGCAGGGUCAGAAUUAUUCUUCAACUACAACUAUCCGGAAGAAAUGACCAAGAACUUCAAGCAACCCAAAGGCAAGAUCGUAGCAGUAAAGCAGGUUGUCAAGCAGCCCAAAAAGGGCAAGAUGAAGCGGGCACCGUCGUUCAACGACUCCAUCACGUCAAGUACUGGAGGAAAUGAGGCCGACCAGGAAGAGAGCGAGACUCCAGAGCGCGCGAAGGAUCCAACGCCUCUAGGUCUCGCGCGGGGACUAGAGCGAAAAGCGGGACACCCAUCCUUGUCAUUCAAGAGACCGACGAUGAAGACGAGGACACCAAUGGAGGCGCAGAAGCUUCCGACCCCCAAGUCUCGGAAGAUGGCAGUCAAGCUAGCGAUACUGUGCCAGAAAGAGCAGGCGCAGCGCGACCUAGAAUGA